AUGAAACGUAAAACAAUAACAAUGAUAAUUGAUAUUGAAUAUGAUGAAAUGGACGUGUAUUUGUAUGAUGGAAAUGAAUAUGAAAGAGUUGAUAGAAUGAAAUAUUUAAAAGAAGAAGAAAAGAAAAUAAAUGAAGAAAUCAUUUCCAAUGAUGAGAAGAAUGUGAAAAUUAGAAAAGAAAAUAUUAAAGGAGUAGAAAUGAUGAUUAAAACAGAGAGUAAAUUAACAAUGAUAUUCAAUAAUAUUAAGAAAGAAGUAGAAAAGAAAGGAGAAAAUGAAAGAACAAUCAUUUGUAUUCCUAAUGGAACAAGUCAAGGAAAUGAAAGAAGAAUAGAAAAUUCAACAAAACUUGGAAGAUUAAAUAAUGUACAAAUCAUACGGAAAUAUCAUAUAAUUGAAAGAAUACUUUCAGAAGAAUAUAACAUAGAAACACCAAUUCUUAUCAUAGAAAAUACAGAAAUAACAUAUGGAAAUAUUAAAAAAGAAAAAGAUAAGAUAAUAAUAAGAAUAAUAAAUAUUAUAAGAAUAAACAAUACAACAGAAGAAAAUAAAGAAAUCAAUAGAAUAAUAUCAGAAGAAAAAGAAGAGAAAGGAAUAAUAAUAAAUAAUAAAAUAAAACAAGAAAAAGAAAUCAAAAUAAACACAAAAAGAUGGAGAUAUAAAGAAAUCAACGAAGAAACAUAUAUUAAAACAAUAAUAGAAAUGAUAAAAAAAGAAGAAGAAUAUUCAGAAUAUUCAUCAGAAAGAGAAAUGAUAAUAAAUAUCAAAAGAAUAAUAUACAAUAAUAAAAUCAAUAAAAGAAUAAUUGGAAAAAGAAGAAUAGGAUAUAAUGAAAUUAUGAUAACAUCAAAAUAUUUUAAUGAUAUUAAAGAUUUUAUUAAUUUAGAAAUAGGAGUUAAAAGAUUUCAAGGAAAUAUGGAACGAUUUCAUUUUAAUCCAAUUCCUUUAAAUGAAUAUUCAAGAAGAUUCUUUCCUAAUAUUGAAACAUUUCAUAUUUAUAAUAAAUAUGAUGAAGAAUUUGAUGAUGGAAGAAUAGUUAAAACAAUAAUAUGGUAUACAGUAGAUUAUUCAACAUAUUUAAAAGAGAAAGAAGCAGGAAAUAUAUGUAAAAACAUAGAAUAUACACAAUAUGAUAGAAAUAAAUAUGGCAAUAUAAUACCACCAGAAGUUAAAUCACUUGGAUAUGAAUGUUUUUAUGAAUGUGAUUCAUUAAAAUCAGUUAAUAUUCCAACAACAAUUACAUCAUUGGGAAAUUAUUGUUUCAGUGGAUGUGAGUAUUUAACAGUGAUAAACAUUCCAACAUCAGUUAAAGAAAUAGGAAAUAAUUGUUUUUAUGAAUGCAAAUCAUUAACAUCAAUUACUAUUCCAUCAUCAAUUAGUGAAUUAAAAAAAGCUUGUUUUAGUUGGUGUGAGACAUUAAGAACAAUCACUAUACCACCAUCAGUUAUUGAGUUGGGAAUUGGUUGUUUUAAAGGAUGUUCAUCGAUAAUAUAUCCCACUUCUAUUACAUCAUUUGGUAAUAAUAUUUUUGAUGGAUGUAUUUCAUUAAGUAGUAUCAAUAAUCAAUUAACAACAAUUUCAUUAACCAAUUAUCAUUUCAAUGAAUAUAAACAGAUAACUAGUAUUACCAUUCCAACAACAAUUAGUAAAUUAGAAGCAAACCACUUUUCAGAAUAUCUUUUGUUAAAAGAAGUUAAAAUUCCAACAACAGUCACGUCAAUAGGAGAUUAUUGUUUUUCUAAAUGUACAUCAUUAGAAACAAUUAAUUUACCAACAACAAUAAGUGAAUUAAGCUAUAAUUGUUUUGAAUUUUGUUCAUCAUUAAAAUCAAUUAACAUACCAUCAUCAAUUACUAAAUUAGGAUAUGAAUGUUUUUAUGAUUGUAUAUCAUUAACUAAUAUUGAUAUUCUAUCAAAUAUUAAAGAAAUUGGAAGUUGGUGUUUUUGUAGAUGUUAUUCAUUAAGUAAUAUUAUUAUACCUUCAUCAAUUAGUAAAUUAGGAAAUGGAUGUUUUUAUAAAUGUUCUUCAUUGGAAUACAUUAAUAUACCAACAACAAUUAAUAAAAUAGGGUAUGAAUGUUUUUACAAUUGUUUAUCAUUAACAUCCAUUAAUAUAGUUAAUAUAAAAUUCAUAAGUAAAGAUAGAAUAUUUAUUAAUGAACCAGUACUAGUUAGUAUUCAAAUACCUGAAAAUUUACAUAAGAUUAAUAAUAAUAAUAAAGUUUAUCAACAACAAGAUAUUAGUGAAUUUAUUAUUCCAUCAACAAUUAAUGAAUUGGAUGAUGAUUGUUUUAAAGAAUGUUCAUCAUUAAUAUCAAUUAACAUACCGUCAUCAGUUAGUAAAAUAGGAAAAUCAUGUUUUUAUGAAUGCAUAUCAUUAAAAUCAUUUAAUAUCCAAUCAUCAGUUAGUGAAAUACGAGAUGAAUGCUUUUACAACUGCACAUCAUUAACAUCAAUUAACAUACCAUCAUCAAUUACUAAAUUAGGAGAUGGUUGUUUUUAUGGUUGUUCAUCAUUAACAUCUAUUAACUUACCAUCUUCAGUUAGUGAAUUAGGAGAUGAAUGUUUUUAUAAGUGUUCAUCAUUAACAACAAUUAAUUUAUCAUCAUCAAUUACUAAAUUAGGAAAUUAUUGUUUUUGUCAAUGUACAUCAUUAAAAUCAAUUAAUAUACCAUCAUCAGUUAAUGAAUUUGGAAAUAGUUGUUUUUAUAAAUGUAUAUCAUUACAGUCAAUUAAUAUACCAUUAACAGUUAGUAAAAUAGAUGAUGGUUGCUUUAGUGAAUGUAUCUCAUUAACUAAUAUCAAUAUACCAACAUCAAUUACAUCAUUUGGGACAUCUUGUUUCUUUAACUGUGGUUGUGAUGAAGAAUUAAAAUAUAAUAUGAGAAUUCCAAGAGAAUGUUUUGAGAAAGAAGAUUAG